AUGAUGAUGAGGAGAGGCGUUUUCUUCUUGUUAUUGUUGUUGCUGUUGGUCGUGUUGAGUGUUGUUGUUGUUUCUGCUGUUGAGGGGAAGAAAGCUAAGGGAACUACCAAGGCUUCUAUUAAGGCAACAGCAAGAUUAAUAAAACGAUCAAAACAACAACAAAACCAACAUGGUAAGAAGGUGAUGCGUAAACAAGCAGUUGUUGUUAGGAAUAGAAAUGCUCCUCGGGUUACCUUGAAUGCUAAUAAGGAUGGCAACCCAACAAAAUCAAAGAGCGUUAAACUGAAAAUUCUUAAAAAGAGAACAAGUAAGAGGAAAACGGAAUCAAAGGUGGAUUUGGGAUUAAUUGGAGAUUUGUCAAAAUCAACUUUUUUAACUGCAAAUCAAUCUAAGAGAUUUAUUGAUGAAUUGUUGAAAGAUGUUAAAACUAGACCAAUGAAAUUACUUUAUAAUGCAUCUAAGGAUGGAUUCAGAGCCAGAUCUUUCCAUUCAAAAUGUGAUAAUCAAGGACCAACUGUAACAAUUAUUAAGGCAAGCUCAGGAGCUAUCUUUGGAGGUUAUACUUCAGUGAGUUGGAGUUCAGCAAUGUUGGAUUUCUUCCCAGAUUCCAAAGCUUUCUUAUUUAGUUUAAUUGGACCAAAGAGAGAUGAAAGAUUCAAGAAAUUGAUUCAAGAUGGACCACAUUCUGCAUAUGUCAAUUAUUCAGUUUAUCAUAGAUCUGUUGAUCAUCCAACUUUUGGAGGUGGACAUGAUAUUUUCAUUGCUAGAGGUACCAAGAAAAGUUUCACUAAUCCAUUCACUUAUUCAAAUUUGGGAAAGGAUUACUUGACUGGAUCAACUCGUGAAUUUACCACUCUAGAUUACGAAGUUUACUCUCUUUAA